AUGUUGACACUAGAACAUGCGCGUUGGGACAUGGAAGCUGGGGCAUGGGCGCUGGGACAUGGGAGCUGGGGCAUGGGUGCUGGGACAUGGAAGCUGGGACAUGGAAGCUGGGGCAUGGGCGCUGGGACAUGGGAGCUGGGACAUGGGCGCUGGAAAAUGGCAGCUAGAACAUGCGCGCUGGGACAUGGCAGCUGGGGCAUUGAAGCUGGGGCAUGGAAGCUGGGGCAUGGGCGCUGGAACAUGGAAGCUGGAACAUGGGAGCUAGAACAUGCGCGUUGGGACAUGGAAGCUGGGGCAUGGGAGCUGGGACAUGGGCGCUGGAAAAUGGCAGCUAGAACAUGCGCGCUGGGACAUGGCAGCUGGGGCAUGGAAGCUGGGGCAUGGAAGCUGGGGCAUGGAAGCUGGGGCAUGGGCGCUGGAACCUGGGAGCUGGGACAUGGGCGCUGGAACAUGGCAGCUAGAACAUCUGGCAAACGGGAGCUGGAACAUUGGAGCUGGAACAUGAGCGCUGGAACAUGGGAGCUGGAACAUGGCAGCUGGAACAUGAGCGCUGGAACAUGGGCACUGAAACACGGGAGCUGGAACAUUGAAGCUGGAACCUGGGAGCUGAAGCAUAGGAGCUGA